AUGUUCUUGAAAAUUUUUGUAUUAGUGACGGUGAUUAUAAAAUGUGUCGCCACACAGCAGCCGGUCAUUGGAGGUUUAUUUUACAGCGAUGACGAGGACCUACAAAUGGCGCUCACUGUGAGUGCUAAAAUGUCUAACUUCACCACAUCAAUACGUACUGUGUCUAAAAGGGGAGAGAUGAUUGAAAUAUCAAAUCAUAUAUGUUCCCUUGUUGAAGAAGGAAUAUUUGCCAUUAUUGAAGGUCUUGGUGGAAAGGCGACAGAAUUAGUUCAAUCUCUGUGCGAUAUUCUGGAAAUACCUCUCCUUGUUUUAGAAGAUAAUGACUAUUUCGCUAGAACCUGGUCCCUAGUGAAUUUGUUUCCGAGCCCCGUUGCUUUCAAUAUGGCUCUAGAAAAUUUGAUUUUAAUGAAGAAUUGGAGGAACUUUACUAUUCUGUACGUCAAAGGCCACAGUCUAGCAAAAGUGCACAGUUUAAUGAAAAUGGGUUAUCCUACUGACAAAUUUACUGUUACGAUUAGAGAACUAAAUGGCACAGAUUAUAGGGACACUUUAAUAAGCUGUAGAAAAAGCGGCCAAGUAAACUUCGUCGUGGACUGUCCAUCAUCAAACCUGGAGCAAAUUCUUCAGCAGGCACAACAAGUUGGUCUAAUGGCGGACGAGCAUUCAUACAUAUUUGUGUCCCCGGAUUUGUUCACUAUCAAUUUAGAUCGCUACAGAUAUGGCGGGGUCAAUAUGACUGGUUUUAGACUCAUUGAUUUGUCAAAAAAUGAGUUUCUAUGGGAUUACGUGACGAAUUAUAACGCGGAGUCCGGUUUUAACGUCGAGCCAUAUGAACUAAAGGCCAAAACAAUUCUCAUCCGUGAUGCGAUCCUCAUUCUCUCUGAUGCCUUAUCAAAACUCAAUCAGAACAAUUUAUUUCCAAGACUUGAAUCGCAAAGUCUUAGCUGCGAAAAAUACGACUCCUGGCAGUUUGGGUCCACCUUGAUCAACUUUAUGAAGACGAAUAAAAUAGAAGGUGUCACGAGAACUUUAAUAUUUGACGGUUUCGGACAAAGAAACGACGUUAUUAUGGAUAUAUUAGAGCUAACGCCGGCUGGAAAUCAAACAAUUGGUAAUUGGAGUAGUGAGGGGCUUAUUCUCGACAGACCGUUUGUGCCGGCAGCUGAAAUAGUCGAGGAAACGAUAAUGAGAAAUAAAACGUUCAAAAUUCUUAUAUCUACGACUGCUCCCUACGGUUAUAUUAAGGAUUCAGAUAAAAGAUUGGAAGGUAAUGACAGAUAUGAAGGGUUCACAAUAGAUUUGAUAGAGAAACUCUCUGAAAUGUUGGGUUUCAACUAUGAAUUUGAAAUUGAAAAUGACUACGGUACCAUCGAUGCUGUUACACAUAAGUGGACAGGGAUGGUACUCAAGCUUAGAGAAGAGAAAGCCGAUUUCGCGAUUUGUGAUUUUACAAUAACAGCGGAGAGACAAAGCGGAAUUGACUUUUCAACUCCUUUUAUGACUCUCGGCAUUGGUAUACUUUACAAACAACCAAGUAAACAACCACCAGAAAUGUUUUCCUUUAUGGCCGUAUUUUCUAAAGAGGUCUGGUACUAUAUGAUGCUGGUUCAAGCUGGGCUUGGAGUCAUCAUGAUAUUCGUGGGCCGCAUAUCACACAAAGAAUGGCAGAACCCGGUUCCAUGUAUAGAGCAGCCAGAGGAAUUAAGCAACCAGUUCAGCUUUGCUAACUCGGUGUGGCUUAUCAUUGGAUCGGUUAUGCAACAGGGCACAGAAAUUGCACCCAUAGCUUUAGCACCUCGAAUAAUAACAAGUGUGUGGUGGUUUUUUACGAUGGUCAUGGUGGCUUCUUACGUGGGAACCUUGGUCGCCUUCCUUACUGUGGAGAAGAAUGUUCUUCCUUUUACAACAGUUGAAGAAUUACAUGCCCACAAGUCGAUAUCAUACGGAUGUAAAAGCAAAGGUUCUACAAAACAAUUCUUUCAGACCUCGUCAAAUCCGAUGUAUCAAGAUAUGUAUGCAAAAAUGAAAGCUAAAAAUUGGCUCGUUUCCGAUAAUAAUAUUGGAGUUGAACUGGCUGAAAACUCGACGUAUGCAUUUUUUAUGGAAUCAACAUCUAUAGAGUAUUACAAGGAGAGGCAUUGUGAUUUACUUCAAGUCGGAGGACUUCUUGACUCAAAAAGUUAUGGCAUCGGAAUGAAAAAAGGAUCAAAAUACAAAAAACACAUUGACGAUGCAUUACUUCAGCUUAAAGAGAGGGGUGAAAUACAAAAGCUUAAAGAUAUUUGGUGGAAAGAAAAACACGACGGAGGAAAGUGUGGGACAAAGAGAGAUGAAGAUCCUAAGCAAUUAGGUAUGAAGAAUAUGUUGGGAGCAUUCGUAGUGCUCGGUGUGGGUUCAUUAAUUGGUGUAUUUGUAUCGACCCUGGAUAUGCUGUGGGGAGUUUUCAAACGUUCUGUCAAAUAUAAUACAACAUUUAAAUAUGAAUUAAUUGAAGAGCUUAAGUUUGCUCUUACUUUUAAUGGAGAUAUAAAACCAGUGAAACGUCCAACUAAAGAAAACGACGGCAGCUUCGAAGCACUCGCGGAAUUGGAAGCGAAGGAUGAGAUCAAAUCCCUUCACUCUAUCAAAUCUGGAAGGUCCACUGACACUCAUCGAACACAUCACUCGCACGGAUCAAAACAUUCAUCCGGUGGUUUGAGUGUGGCUUUUGCUAGACGACGGGAAUAUACUUAA